AUGACAUGGAAGGAUAGGAAAGCAUUGGAGAAUGAUAAAGUUACUGAACUUGGUGGAAAGCCUCAAAAGAAACAGAGGCUACCGCUGAGUGUUGCGAGAGUAGAGAUGAAGAAACAGAAAGAAAGAGAAGAGAAGAUGUUGGAACAUAGAAGGGUUCUUGGCAGAUUUGGAGGAUUAGUUGGUAGUGUGAGUAGGAAGAAACCUGCAGAGAGGAGGAAGCGUAAGCCAGAGGACAGAGUGCUAAAAUCAACUCAAGGGAAUUUCAAGAGUGGUGUUCUUGAUGUUAGGCAUUUGCUACAUUCUGGUUGUGCGAGAACCAAUGACAGAGAUAACAAGAUGAGCAAUUACGGUAUGAACAAGAAGGAAGGAGAAGGAGGAAGUGGCCGGAAGAGUAAAGGAAACAAGAAAGGAGGCAAUAAGAUGAAAGGCAAGUAA